CUGACUUGGAACAGAGCAAACAGGCACAGCCGCCGGAGCAUAGACCCAGUCCACCCGCUCGCGCCCUCGGAUCUCCCGCCUCCGGCGAGCGAGAUGCCCCCUCCGCCGCUGCCCGCGCCGCCGGCCUCCGCCAGCGGCGAGGCCGGCGGCGGCCGGCGGCGGUGGCAGCACCGGCUGAGCCCCACGCUCGUGCGGGACCGCUGCUACACGCGCGCCUUCCGCUCUGCGGGGCUCCGAUCAGCCUCCGUGCCGCUCCCGGACGGCGCCAUCGUGCACCUCUGGCUUCCGCCCCCUGCCGCCGCCGGAGCCCCCUGCCCCUACCCGGUCCUCCUCCUCCACGGCUUCGGCGCGAGCGCCACCUGGCAAUGGGCCCCCUUCCUCCGCCCGCUGCUCGCCGCCGGCCUCGCGCCCUACGUCCCGGACCUCAUCUUCUUCGGCGCCUCCGCCUCCCCCGCCGCCGACCGCUCCCCGGCCUACCAGGCCGCCUGCGUCGCCGCCGCCAUGGCCGCGCUCCCUGGCGCGCCGCAGCGGUACGCCGUCGUCGGGGUCAGCUACGGAGGGUUCGUGGCCUACCACCUCGCCCACGCGUUCCCCGCGGCGGUGGAGCGGCUCGUGCUAAUCGCGGCGGGAGUGUGCCUCGAGGAGGCCGACCUGGCCGCGGGGCUUUUCGCUGUCGAGGACAUCAACGAGGCGGCCAGCGUUCUGCUGCCGCAGCGGCCGGAGGAUCUCAGGAGGCUGGUGGGGCUCACCUUCUGCCAGCCGCCGCGGUUCAUGCCGUCUUGCUUCAUCAGGGAUUACAUUAGGGUUAUGUGCACUGAAAAUGUGAAAGAGAAGACUGAGUUGUUAUAUGCUUUGAUCAAUGGUAGGAAGCUUUCAGACCUUCCUAAAAUUAACCAGCAAACCUUGAUAAUUUGGGGAGAGAAGGACCUGGUCUUUCCAUUGGAACUUGGCCUAAGGCUGAAGAGGCAUUUGGGAGAUACUUCCGAACUGGUCAUCGUCAAGAACACCGGUCAUGCCAUAAACCGCGAAAAGCCAGCAGAACUUUGCAGACUUAUAAAGAACUAUAUCGCUGACCCCUCAGUCAAAUAUCGAGAUGACCACAAGGGAUCUUGGAAGAAGGCGAUAAAGAGGUUUGCCAGGUCGAGCCUGAGAAAGGUGGACUCUUCGCGUUCACUUCUAUAGCACAUACAUAUACUUACCUUUACGAUGCAAGAGGUUUGAUUUGAUUCUUUGAUUGUGACACGCACUUGGAUAAAAUUCUGACAAUGUGUAAGGUUCAGUUAUAUCUAUGGCCACUAUGUAGCAUCCACAGUUGUUUGACCGAAGAAGUUUGUGCUGGUUGCAUCUGACUGUGACAAAGGAAAGCACAAAAAGUAGCCAUAGCGUAUAAACGAAUUACUGAGUACAAUGGGCCUAGAAACAGCUAUGUUAAGCUGGCCUGGCAUAUUACCCAAUCUAUUGACAUAUUUGACGUCA